CAGAAACCAUUUCUCGCGCCAUGAUGGGCUCCAUUAACUAUCCAAAACAAGACUCCAAGGAACAAACUCUCUGCUAAUCACCACAUUUGUAGCAGCGAAAUAUUUAAGAAAGCCCUCCUUCCCGGCGUAUCAUGAUCAGUGUCCUCGGUCUAGCGUGCGAACUCAUAGCUUCGACUUUGUUUCGGAAAUGAUUACGCGGUUUAUCAAUCGGUACCUUCAGUCGUCCACUUUGCGCACUUUAUAUACACACAAACAGACCCGCUCCAUAAGUACCUCAACGAAUCGCGAGCUGUUCUGUUAUACAUCUGGUAGGUUUCUGUACAAUGAGGAUAUUCGACUACGUGAGCGCUAUACCAAAUUCGACCCCACCGCCCUCCUCCGAGAAGCAGAAAGGCAUAUUGGAACUAGUCAUGGUCAAGCUACCUGCAUCGCAAAGCUUGCCGAAGGAGGAUUCAAUCGAGUUUUCCUUCUAACAAUGGAAGAUGGUUUUCAGACUAUUGUCAAAAUUCCAUACCCGUUAACUGUGCCCAAACACUACGCGACCGCCAGUGAAGCCGCCACACUGUAUUACCUUCAUUCUAAAGGCAUCCCUGUGCCAAGGAUGUAUGGUUAUUCCUCUUCAGAGAACAAUCCUGCCGGAGUGGAGUAUAUCGUUAUGGAAAAGGCUCCAGGUGUCGGCCUAGAGACUAAGUGGUCGAGCAUGAGUAAACGCGAACUACAUAAACUCGCAUCCACUUUCAUUGAGAUUGAGAAGAUAUUUUUCAACAUUCCUUUCGGGGCUACUGGGAGUAUUUACUUCAAGAAAGAUGUUCCCCCUGAGCUUCAAGCGUCAUUAUAUAUGCCUAAUAUUGAUAAUGACGCUGAACACGAAACACUUUGUAUUGGCCCAACCGCAGAUUAUAUGUUUUGGUAUGGGAAACGGGCCGGCCUCGACCUGUAUUGUGGACCAUGGAUCGAUCCUAAGGAGUACCUUGUUUCUAUUGCGGAAAAAGAAGUUAAAUGGACUCGGCGGUAUGGGAAAGCAAUGGAACUGGACUUUCCACACAAUGGUGUGUUUCCUGGGAAGAAAUCUCCAGAGGAUUACCUAUAUCUGCUUGACAAAUAUCUCGCAUUAGCUCCAUACCUACUUCCAAAAGGAACAACUAGCGCACUUAAUCAACCAACUCUUCGUCAUCCAGAUUUAAACCCAAACAACAUCUUUAUUUCGCCCGACUCCGGCGCCAUAUCAUGCAUCGUUGAUUGGCAGCAUACAACGAUUGAACCUCGUCUACUGGUUGCAAGUUACCCCCGCGCCUUUGAAAGUCCAGUCUCCGAAGAGUCCUCCAAUCUUAAAGAACCCUCGCUUCCCUUGGAGUACGAGACUCUGACAGGAAAGGAAAAAGCUGAAGCCGAUGAACUUUACAAACGGCGCCUCCUCUCUUAUUACUAUUGUAUUUUUAACGGCCAUUUCAACAAACCACAUCUUGAAGCUCUUCGUGAUCCGAUACUGCUCCCACGCCAGCAUCUUGUGGAUAGGGCAGGGAGGCAAUGGAGUGGGAAUUUAAUGACUCUGAAGGGCGCUUUACUUCGCAUGAUUGAUUACUGGCCUUAUCUACCUGAUACGAAAGGAGUAUCAUGUCCGGUACAAUUUACCGAAUCUGAGGUCACUGGGUUUAACGAGGAGGAGCAGCUGUGGUUUGACUUAAAUAAAGUCGUAAACCUUUGGCGUGACGAAAUUGGUGGUGCGAGCGAGGAUGGCUGGAUCAACAAUGAGCAAUAUAAUGAUUCUAUUCGAAAACUUGCUGAAUUGAAAGCAUCUCUCAUUGCCAACGCGGAAGGAGACCAUGACGAUAUUCGCCUAUUGGAAAGAGGGUGGUUGUUCAGAGACCGUGAGGAAAUUGUUUGAUUUAUCAGGAGCCAUUAUUAACUUACAAUAAAACUUGUUUCCUUUUCUUUCUUUU